AUGGAGCCCCUCAGCUACGAGUCGCACGCCAAGCGCCCGAGAUUGUCUCUGCCAUCUCCCAUCCCUCUUCCCAUACAGCAGUUCGACGAGUUGCGCAAAUCUUACGGUGCAUGUAAUGUGGAAGCCUUGAGUGAAGCUGGCAAUUUCCAGCCAGUCAGCUCCCAAGAACCUGCCAUCUCGUCCAACGAGGUCGCUCAAGUGGGGUCGAAACGUUCUUCGGUGGCAUCUGCGCGUGAUGAGGAAGCCACCAGCGAGUCCGGCAGCAUUGUCGAGCACCAUGCCAGCUCGCAACAUGAGGUGAACUAUUCCUAUGGCAACCUCGCUUCCACCAUCAAUCCCCACAAGCAGUUCAUGGGCGAGCUCGGUGGACAAUACAACAGACCUGCGACUGCCGGGAAUUUUACGACGUUGGCACACGACCAGGAGUACUCCAGCGUCGCACCUCCUGAAAGGGCUGCCACAGAGCCACACUUUUCUGUGCCGCAUGAUCUCCAGACCCCACUCCGGGAGUCUGCGCUCCGAUCCGAUGGGAGGCUGCACUUUUCGCAUUCGCCCAUGGGUCGGAUGGAUGCUGCAGGGCUCGAUCAAGUCGAUCUGUUGAGCUCGCCGGCAGUUUCCCAAGCCGAUAUGAGCGCCAUGUCGCUCUACCACGGCCAUUACGCUCCGAUGAGCGCUGGCAAGAGACGGUCUUCGGAGAACUACCCUGUCCAGCCGUUGAGCUCAUCGUGCCCGCUCAACGCGGGUGAUUGGGGUCACCAAGCGCUCCAGACUCCCUCUGGGCUCUCCCGCUUCCCCUUCAACAACAGCAUGGGGCCUUCUCCUGCUGGUGGGGUUUUUGGGUCACCCCACAGCCUCCUGAGCAAAAGUCUUGGACUUACGUUGACCAACACUGAGGUGUCUGGUGAAGAUUCGCUCGGAGGAUUGUUAGUGGGCUCUUCCCCUUGGGACAUCGUCCAUCAAAGAACUUGA